UCAAACCGGCGCUCGUAGUAGAGAUCGCCUGGGAGGGCUGGAACCAUGACUAAGACGUCGCCGUCGACUGCCAGUCUGCGGGAUGCGCUUCUGAGCGCACUCGCCACAUUGCCUGGGACCCGCGAGUUCCACGUCCAUGUCCUGGUCUCUUCACCACACAAGCACACCGGACUCUUCCCAUACGCUCACCCACGACCGCGGGUGUACCUACAAGACGUGUUCGUGCUGCUGUCAGAGCAGGCAAACCCCGAUGCCCCGAGACAGCUCGUGUCCGCAGUGGAAGUAUCCGUAUACAACGUAACGUCGACGUCUUGCGGGAUCAUGUACGUCUCCAAGGUCGAUUCCACCGGUCAGGGUAUGUUCCCUUCGCCGACUUCUACGCUCGUUAAGGCUUUGCUGAGCUACUACGCCGAUACCGACACCCGACCUAUCCGUGUGGACACGCUCUGGAUUCAGCUUUUCGCGCGCGCACAAAACCAGUAUCUUUUCCCGAACUCGAGUGAGCACCCGGGAAAGAAGCCCCUCUCGGAUGUGAAGCUCUGUGCCUGGUGGAGGCGCGUGUUGGGAGAGGUUGCAGCGGAGUUGGACGCGAAGGAGCCAGAUGCAACGCUACGGGCGUAUUACGUCCUGCCAGGUUACAGUGAGCUUGAAGCCGUCAAUUCUCUCCAUAUCGUGUCUCCUCUUAACUCUUCUGCAUCACCAAUCCAAUGGACCUAUGGGCAUCCUUAUUCCCAAAGCGACAUCCCGCUACCGUAUCCGCGAAGCCAAGGCCCGCACAAUCUGGGGCACUACGUCCCAUCCUUCGAAGACGACCCAAAAUCACGUUUCAUGGACGAGAUCGCACACACGACAGAAGGGGGUGCUAUACGCUCACCGGAGCGGAAGCGUGCACGCACGCUCAGCAGGACCGAUUCCAAGGAACAGGACACGGUGGCCCAGGACGACAGCGCCAAGGAGCAUAAGGAGCACAAAGAGCACAAGCCAGAGGGAGAGCUCGGGAAGUGUUCUGCGAACGAGUUCUGGGAGCGGAUGUCCUUUAGGCAGGAGUGCGUUGCAGGCGCGGUAACAGGCUUCUUCACCGUGGGCAUUUCAUCGCCGUCCAGCACUUCCCACUCGCACUCCACGCCGUCGCCCUUGGCCCCACAGCCAGGUCAGGUCGCACCGAAUCUUGUCCGCCGCGUCGUCGCGACGCUCCUCCACGGCGUCGAGUUCUCGAAUGCCGAACGCGCCGCCAAGUCGACCGAAACCCUGGAGGCAUCCAUCAAAGGCCUUUGCGAGAACGUCGCCGCCUCAUCCCCAGCCGAAACCUCGCGAAGCCCAAGCUCGCUCGCACCGCUACUUUUCCGGCGCGAUUCUACACCGGAACCAGCGCCGGCGAACGUGACGCUCGAGGUGCCUCGAACGCCUCCACCCAAGUACGACGGAGCGCUGCCUGAUAUCUCCCCGAAUCCGUUUCCGGAACCGACUGCGUCGCUUGACACGUACCGCUCGCACAUCUACGGAUCUGUCACGGUCAGCAACCCUCCGCUGGUUCCGAGGGCCGUGGACGCGGUUGGAGCGGAUGGUGCGCCUGGUGCAGCCGCCGCGCAGCCUGUGACAAUGUUGGCCGUCCGCAAGAAGAAGCGGAAGGCUGAUGCUGCCUGACAACAACUUGUU